AUGUCAGAUAUAUUAACAUCUUACUCAUCAUGUGUAUGUGGUGAUAGAAAUGAAAGUGAUAAUCUAGCAGAAUUUUUAGCAAAGCUUGCUCGAUUUGGGAUCGAUCAAUGUACUGAUUUCGUACAUUUAAUUGUUAAUAAACAACGAUCAUUUCAAAAUUUAUCAAUAAUUGACCAUCAAUCGAAGACCUAUCAAGAUCAACAAAUUGAUUUGAAUGAUCUAUUGUCAGAAAUAAAAAUAUUAGAAAAUGAAUUUUAUAAUAUAUUAUCAAUUCUAUAUCCAUCCGAUGAUAAAAAUAAACAAGUAUUAUUUAGUAAAUUACAAAGUUAUUUAUCAAAUUUUGUUGAAAUUAAUUUACGCUUCAAGUCAUUAGAAAAUUCUACUAAAGAAAUUCAUUCCAAUACGGCAAAUGAUGUGGAACAAUCAAUAAAUGCCGGUGAAUUAUUAAUAAAAAAAUCCAAUCAAAGUUUAUCAACAAUAACUUGUACAUCCAAUAAAUCAUCCAUAGCAUUAUCUUCAUCAUUUUUUUCAAAUGAUGAUAUUGACAAGAAUAUUGAUGUAGGGAAAAAUUGGAAAUUCGCAAAUAUAAUUCAUACGCGUUUUCAAAUAUCUUUAAUAGCAUCCAGUUCGCAAAGCAUUAUAUGUUAUGAUAAUCGUAAUCAUUUUCUCAAUUUACUUCGUACCGAUGGACAUUAUCAACAAAAUCUAAAAUGGAAAUAUGAACCAAUUGUUGAUCUCCAUUGGUGUUCAUUUAUGGAUCGAUUUAUUGCUGUCUGCCAUGAUUCGAUCUAUAGUAUUCAAGAUGAUCGAUCAAAAUUAUUUUCAAAGGAUGCAAUAAUUAUUAAUAAAGUUUUGAGUUUGGAAAAAUUUCAUUCUGCUCAAAUCGCCUGUAAUGAAAAUAAGAUUUUACUUUAUACAAUUUUUCAACAAAAAAGUGCAAUACAAAUCUACGAUAGACAAUUGAUUAAAGAAAAAACAUUUCAUAGUUCAAUCUACAAACAAUUACCGAUCAAUAGUAAUUCAUUCUGUUGUACAAAUACAUUAAUUGGUUUAACACACAAGGAUGAAAUCCUUAUAUCAUAUUUUCCGUAUAUAACCCCCAAGAAAGUUUCAUUACUUCUAUUCGAUAUUGAUACAUUUGAAUUAAGUUAUAGUAUUGAUUUAAAUAAUUGUUCAACUAUCUAUACAAUGAAAUGUCUUAAAAAGUAUAAUAUAUUCUUUGGUCUCAGCGAUGAAAAAAUUCUCUGGAUUAUUAAAAUUAACAAUGAUGAAACCAUACAAUUGACAAAGAAAACCUUAUAUACAGAUCAAACAAAGAUGUGCGUUAUUAACGAUCGAGAUUUAUUAUUAAUCAACGUUAAUACCAGUCAUGCUAUUCAAUUGGUUAAAUAUCGAAAUAUAAAACAAUAG